UAAACCCACUCAUUGAUUGAUGAUCGGCAAGCAGAAGAAGAGGAGAUGGCGAAGGUUGGAGGAGUCAGCGAAGUUGGGGGAAGCCAGAACAGCGUGGAGAUCGACGGCCUCGCUCGCUUCGCCGUCGACGAGCAUAACAAGAAACAGAAUACGGUUCUGGAGUUUCAGAAGGUGGUGAAUGCGAAACAGCAGGUGGUUGCGGGAACUGUGUACUACAUAACGCUGGAGGUGAGUGAUGGGGGGAAGAAGAAAGUAUAUGAGGCCAAGAUUUGGGAGAAGCCAUGGUUGAAUUUCAAGGAGUUGCAGUAAUUCAAGCUCAUUUCUGAUACUCCUUCAGACUCUAGCGCUUAGCUAGGUGACUGAAGAUCAGAUGUAUGUUGCUUUCCUUGCUUCAAGUUGAAAUAGAAGCAUAUCAGAACAUUGAAGGCAUGUUCCUACUUAAAUAAAAUGUAAAUAAAUCCUAUCCGAAUCAGAUUCUUAGCCUUCAGGAUCUGGUGGAUUCGCCUUAUUAAAUUGAGGGCCUUAGGCGGCCGCCUAAUCAGCAUAAGGCUCUAGUCGGCCUCCUAAUUCACAUAAGGCUCCAGUCGACGUGUUACUGACAACCAUUAGAUCUAAGGCAAACAACAUUAAAAAUAAAUGUGGACCAUAGAAUCAAGUCUUUAUACACAUGUAACCACCAUUC